AUGAAUAAUAGGGUACCUUCGAGUCAGUUAAUUUUUCAACAAGUUGAGGCGUCAGCAGGUUCACCAACCUCAUUCAACUACUUGCACAUCACAUUUCUCAGUUUCCAGGCAGUCAUCGAAGUUGUCAUAGUGUGCCUUGCUGGAUUCUGGGCUGCCAACUCUGGCCUUCUCAAUAAUAAUGCCACCAAGAUCAUUUCGAGACUCAAUGUCGAUCUUUUUACACCUGCACUUAUCUUCACCAAGUUGGCCUCAUCACUCUCGUUGAGGAAACUUCUUGAAGUCAUCAUCAUCCCAAUAUUGUACGCUGUCACGACACUUGUAUCGUACAUUUCGGCCACGUACAUCUCCUCUUUGCUUGGCUUAACCGAGCCGGAGUCCAACUUCGUCACAGCAAUGGCUGUUUUCGGCAAUUCAAAUUCUUUGCCCGUGUCACUCACGUUGGCUCUUGCAUACACUUUACCUGGUCUUGAGUGGGACGACAUAGAGAAUGAUAACGCUGAUAAGAUCGCAUCUCGAGGUCUUGUGUAUCUUUUGAUAUUCCAACAAUUGGGACAGAUGCUUCGUUGGUCCUGGGGGUUCAACACUUUGCUUAAGAGACAGCCUCACGACGUCAUAUAUGCGGAAAAUUGCGAUAUCGAGGACAAUCCGGAGCCAAAUGCUGCUUUUUCGACACAAUCAGCAUCCUCACCCGAGACUGAGCGUUUGCUGCAGCCAAACAGCAGCUUUGACUCGGAUACUGAGCCCCAGAGCUCGUCUAUAGACUCGAACAAGUCCAAUAAUCUGCCCCAGGCCCAUUCUUACGGUUCAAGUAACGGUGCUGACGACGAAAAUACAAUUUCCGAUCCAACAGAUGUCGAUUCAGACGUUGGAAGUGUUGAUAGCGAGCCCAGCGUAAUGGUUUUGAGCUCAGAAAUGCUUCCUAAUACACGAAAAGACGAUGGUGAGCCAAUCAGAGCCAUUAGAACAGUUAGUAGAAAUGCUCGCGGUGAUCUCGUCGUCCAAAUUCAAGAUAUUGAGAGUAAAGGCGAGCAGGAUGAUGGAGAGGAGACUCAUCCGUGCACCAAUGCACUGGAACAGUCCAGAAAUGGGGAAAUUUCAGGCUUUGAGGCACAUUUUAAGAAAUUCUGCCAGGGCGUCAUGAACUGGAUGAAUCCACCACUUUGGUCGAUGAUCUUGGCAAUAAUAGUGGCCUCAAUUGGACCAAUAAGAUAUCAGUUUUACGAGGCGGACGGAUUUAUCCAGAAUACAUUGGCAAAGGCAAUCAAGGAGUUGGGUUCUGUUUCCAUUCCACUUAUCUUGGUUGUUCUUGGUGCUAACCUCGCACCAUCUUCCGAGAUUCCACCUGCAUGCAAGCACUAUUCUAGGAUGAUAUUUGGCUCAUUAAUAUCCAGGAUGGUUCUUCCGUCGAUUGUUCUACUUCCGCUAAUUGUUCUUUGCGUCAAAUACGUCAACAUUAGCAUAAUGGACGAUCCUAUAUUCACCAUCACCUCAUUCCUUUUGAUCACUUCUCCCCCGGCAAUCCAACUCUCGCAAAUCUGCCAGCUUAACGAGAUAUACCAGAAGGAGAUGGCUGGUGUUCUUUUCUAUGGAUACGUUAUUCUUACACUUCCAGUCACAAUAUUCAUUGUCGUUACUGCUUUGCAGCCUAAAGGACCAAAAUCUGUUAUUGUGACCGGUGACUUUGAUAACUGGUCCAAGCUAUGCCCAUUAGUUAAACAAGCUGAUGGUUCUUUUGAGGCUUCAAUUCCAGUCGAUCCAAAAGCCAAAAAGAUUCAAUUCAAGUUUGUUAUUGAUGAUGACACGUGGGUGACCUCGAAGGAUUUCCAGUCGGAGACUGAUGCAAGUGGAAAUGUGAACAAUGUCAUAUAUCCAUCUGAAGUUAAGGCUGCAACUGCAAAAACAGCUGCUGCAAUUCCAGAAUCUGGUGGAUUGCCAGUUCCUGUUUCCGGCAAGAAGAUCGAGGAGCCAGAAAAGAAGAAUUUGACGCCUGCAGUUGAGCCAAAGGACCCAGUUGAGCCAGAUGUUGAGAAAGAGCCAGUUUCUCAGGCACAGGCAACUGCAGCAAUUUUGAAAGGUCCAGGAAUUGUCAUUCCGAAAGAUGCAGAGAACAUUUCAGCUUUUAAGGAGGUGAGAGAUGUGGAUCCGAAGACAUUGAACGAGCCUGAGGAGGUAGAGGAAGAACAUAAGGAAGAACAUAAGGAAGAACCUAAGGAAGAACCUAAGGAAGAACCUAAGGAAGAACCUAAGGAAGAACCUAAGGAAGAACCUAAGGAAGAACCUAAGGAAGAACCUAAGGAAGAACCCAAGGAAGAACCUAAGGAAGAACUUAAGGAAGAACUUAAGAAAGAACCUAAGGAAGAACCUAAGGAAAAACUUAAGGAAGAACCUAAGGAAAAAUCUGAAAGACCUUGGAAAACUCUGGAUCCUGGAAUUGUGAAAACAGAUGUCGAGGAAGCAGAACCAAAAUAUGUCAGAAAAGUCAUAAAGAAGGUGAAAAAGACAUCCGAAAAGACUGCCUCGGAUACUUUGAAAGCUGCGGAAAAGACAGUUCCUAAAUUAAAGAAAGAGGUGGAGAAGACUUCUGCAGAAUUGACUUCAAAAGCAACUCAAAAAGAAACUCCAAAAACUGCUUCAACUCCAAAGGCAACUCCAAAAACCGCUCCAAAAGCUACUAAACCUACACCAAAGCCUACAUCAAAACCUGCUGCAACAAGUGCUCCAAAAUCUGAGAGGAGGGGAUUCCUUUCAAAGCUUAAGAAGUUCUUUAGUUGA